AUGGUGCGAGAUUGCAAGAGUUACCAGCUUGCUGCUGCUGCCGCCUUUUGGGUUUGGGUUGGACUGGAGAGUGGACUUAAUUUGGGCUGGACAUUUGAGAUAGCAUGCCGUGUCACUAAAAUAUUUAAUUCUGUAUUUACGAUCAUAACAUUUCUGACAUCAAAAUGCCCUCAUGACCAGGUAUUUAAGAGUGGUCCCCUCUUCAUAUCAUCCAAAGGAAUUGGAUGGAAAUCUUGGAAAAAACGAUGGUUCAUCCUCACUCGAACAUCUCUGGUUUUCUUCAAGAGCGAUCCUAAUACCUUACCCCAGAGAGGUGGUGAAGUGAACCUUACUUUGGGGGGCAUUGACUUGAAUAAUUCUGGAAGUGUUGUGGUCAGGGAAGACAAGAAGUUGUUGACUGUUCUAUUUCCAGAUGGCCGUGAUGGUCGGGCUUUCACCUUGAAGGCAGAAACAUCUGAAGAUUUAUUUGAGUGGAAAACAGCACUGGAAGAAGCUCUUGCGCAGGCUCCAAAUGCAGCUCUCGUGAUAGGGCAUAAUGGAAUAUUUCGUAGUGACACAACAGAUGCAUAUGAAGGAGCAGCUCCAAAUUGGAGAGAGAAGAGGCCUACUAAAUCUUUGGUUGUUGGAAGGCCAAUUCUUCUUGCACUAGAAGAUAUUGAUGGCAGCCCCUCUUUUCUGGAAAAAGCUUUGUGUUUUCUGGAGAAACAUGGGAUAAAGGUAGAGGGAAUUUUACGCCAGGCUGCAGAUGUAGAGGAGGUUGACAGAAGAAUGAAUGAAUAUGAGCAAGGAAGGACUGAGUUUGCACUGGAUGAGGAUGCUCAUGUUAUCGGUGAUUGUGUAAAGCAUGUUUUGCGGGAGCUACCAUCUUCUCCAGUUCCUGCUUCCUGCUGCACAGCAUUACUGGAAGCUUUCCGUCUGGAAAGUAAGGAAUCUCGGAUAAAUUCUAUGCGUAUAGCCAUAUCUGAGACAUUUCCCGAGCCUAAUAGGAGGUUGCUACAAAGAAUUUUGAGAAUGAUGCACACAGUUGCUUCUCAUACUGCUGAGAAUCGAAUGACUUCAUCAGCAGUUGCUGCUUGUAUGGCUCCUCUCUUGCUGCGUCCACUUCUGGCUGGUGAAUGUGAGAUGGAAGAUGACAUUGACAUGAAUGGUGACAGUUCUGCUCAGCUUAUUGCUGCUGCAAAUGCUGCUAACAGUGCUCAUGGCAUUGUCACAACUCUAUUAGAGGAAUAUGAGGGCAUAUUUGAUGAUGAACAUCCUAGGUGUUCCCUGUCACCUGAUUCUCGAAUUCAAGACAGUGGGAGUGAAGAAUCUACAGAUGAUGAAACUGUGGAUGCCAAAGAUAAUGGGUUUCAUGAUGCAGAGAAUGAUGUAGAUCAGGAACUAGAUGAACGUUUACUCAGUGGAAAACUGAGUGAAAGCAGUGCGUGUACUGAUGGUGACCUUUAUGAUUACCAGGUAGAUCAUGGGGAUUCAGAACCUUCUGUCGAAGAUAAGGCUUUGGAAACAAAGUUGGAUUUAAAGGAUGCUCCACAUAACCUUUUAACUCAAAAUGGCACGAUAAAUGUCAAGAGACCACUGAAUGAGAAGGAUCCAACAAAUCUGGUGUGCAGUCAUGAAUCUCCAUUGUCGAUGGGAGAUAUUCUUUCUUCCUUGGAUGCAGGAGUUCCUUUACCGGGUUCAGGACCUGAAUAUUCUGUAGAUAGACACUCCAUUAAAUCCAAUGAAACUCAGCCUCAUGUGAAGCGUUCUAACAUUUGGGGACGGACUAAUGCAAGAAAGAUUCAACAGUCGGAGUCUGUUGAUUCAUCAGGUGAAGAAGAGCUUGCUAUCCAAAGACUUGAGAUUGCAAAGAAUGAUCUGCAGAUCAGGAUUGCAAAAGAGACUAGAGGUAAUGCAAUCUUACAGGCGAGUUUGGAAAGAAGAAAGCAAGCACUGCACGAGCGCCGCUUGGUCCUGGAGCAGGAUGUAUCAAGGUUGCAAGAGCAGCUGCAGGCUGAAAGGGAUCUUAGAUCUGCAUUGGAAGUUGGGCUAAGCAUGUCUUCUGCACAGUUUUCUAGUUCACGCCCUAUGGAUUCAAAGACAAAGGCAGAGCUUGAGGAGAUUGCUCUCGCAGAAGCUGAUGUUGCAAGGUUAAAGCAGAAGGUUGCAGAGCUGCAUCUCCAACUUAGUCAACAGCGCCAACACCAGUACGGCUCUUUCAUAGAUGAGAAUGAUCGUUAUCAACAUCGUCCAAGUCAUUUCCCACAGAACUUUGUUCAACCAGGGUUUGAUAUGAAACUUGCUUUCUGUAACCAAGAGAAGAAGCAGAGGAACGAGGAGAGCUUGUCGGGCACAUCACACUGGAGAAGUAUCAAGCAGCACGUGCUGACUCAGGCUUCUUCGAAGCCCUUCUCCCGCAAGCACUCCUUGGACACCUGUUCAAGUGAUUCAAGGGAGGUAGCGACAAGCAUGCCAGCGGAGAGCGGUUCAUUGUCUACUAACAUCCCAAGAGCAAUGGAGGCUGUCGAGUAUGGAAGGCAACCACCCGUGCCAUCGUCCACUCUGGUUGAGCUAACGACCAGACUAGAUUUCUUCAAAGAACGGAGAUCACAGUUGAUGGAGCAACUCCACAGUCUCGAUUUAGGACAUGGAUCCGCGCCGCAAGGUUUUCCGUACAAGUCUUCAUCCCCUUGGAACAGUCCGAGAUAGGAGUUUUUCAUUUCUUCUAAUUUCAUGUUUGUAUAUUCUUGGUAAAGCAAGUUUUCUCUGUAGCAGCUGCUAGCGAGAAUGUAUAUCCAUUUUCUUGGUUUUUGUGGCUGAGUGCUGCAGCCUCAUUUGAGUGCGAUUUUGUAAUGCUUCUGUAAUCUAUUGCAUGUAACGAGUUAAGGGGUGAUAAGAGAGCCUGAAAGCUAUUUUGUAUCUGCUGACUGCUGUAGUAGACGCAAGGAAUAUAGAAUGGUUAUUCGUAUAUAGCUUAUAACGAGGCAGAUGGUAUAUCAGAUAAAUGAUUUGAAACA